CCACGCGCCGCCGCCAUCCCGGCUGGAGGGGUGCCCGCCCGCCGUGUGCCCCUCGGGGGUCGCUCAGGGCUGGCUUAAAGUACAGGAGAGUGUGUGAUCGCAGUUAAUAUCUUAAGGAUAAAGAUUACCAGAGGGUCAGAGAGAGAGAGAGCUUGUGAGGCUGCCCUGUGCCCUGGAUGAGAUCCUGUCCUUGGGCUCUGCUCUGCUCUGCUCUGUGGGAGGCUCCUGCCUGACCUUGGAGCAGGAGCCAUUUCCCAUCACAUCCCAGCCAACCUCUGGAAACACCUGGGGUGCAGAAGUGGACGUGAGCGUUUGCCUGGUGCUGCUGAGGAAUGAACAUAUGGAUUGAUGGAAGUGCAGAAAGGAGCUGUGUGCUGUGCUGCAGGCUCACCAUGAAGGGAGCAGUUCCUGGUCAGCUGGCACCUGUCAGAGGUUCUGAGAGAGAAAGGACACUCAAAGCAUCACUUACUGAUUGAUCCCCACCUGAGAGAAGGCUCAGUGAGACAGAGAGCAGCAGCAUGAGUGAGAGCAGUGACAGAGGGUGCAGCAGUUCCAGUUCCCUUCACACAGAUCUCUCCAACCUUGUGAUCUGGGCACACACUCAUGGCACCAUAUGCAACCAGAUCCCAGGCCUGGAAUUCAUGGAGAACGCAGAUCAUGAUGUGAGCAGUGACAACGCUGUGCUGUGGAUGUGCAGAGCUGGACAUGCCUACCACUGGCACUGUGGGAAGUCACACAACACAGGUGAAGAAGCGCCUGAGGCUCUAGGAGGGAGAAAGAGGCUCUUGCCUUCUGAAUCUUUGGCAAGGGAAUCCAGCUUUAAAGAAAAGAGGCUCAGGCUGGCCCCAUCAUCUUUUGAGAUGGACCAAGAAGAUUCUGGGAGCACAGAGUCAUGUGGCAGAUCCCAAGGGGUCGCUGAGCAGAAGGCUGGCAGUCCCUACACAAGGAAUAAGGAGCCCAAGGGGAGUCAAAAUAGCAGGAAACACAAAUUCUCUGCAGCAGAGCAGCACUUCUCUGAGUCUGGUAGUAGAGUCCAGACUGGUGAGCAGCAUGUGAAGUCCAAAACGUACAAAGAUGCAGAGAUCAUUAUCUCUGAUGACGAGCAGUGUGAGGCAGAUGAAGACAGCAAAGGAGACAGAACCAGCCAGGAUAAUGUGUCAGAGCCAUCUGCUGAGAAGUUGCAGAUGCAACACUGCCAGAAGAUGGCAUUGCACCAGCCAACAGCCUCCCCAAAAACUGCCUUUGCCCCCACAGCAAAGCCAUCCCUGGCCCGUGCCUACAUUCUGCCGGCUCAUGUCAGCAGCUCAGAGGAUCUGAACAGGAACAUCCUGAGGCUGGCUCCUUCCACUGCUGCAGGGCCCGUGGCUGAAACUUCCAGAGCAAGGAGCCUCCCGGGGUCAGCAGCACCAAAGGUAUGUCCCAAACCCCUUCCUGUCCCCAGCACUGAAGCCGAGGCCCAGCUUGAAUCCCAGCCCUCAGUGAUGUUCUUUGAGCUCCAAGCCACUACUGCUGCUCAGCAACAUCUCCAGCUGAGCCCUUCACAGUGUGGCACACUGGGAAUGGGCUCCAGUGGGGAUGGUGCUGAGAACGUGGGUGAGAACAGUGACACAUCAGGAUCUGAGCAGGAACCUUCUUCUUCAGCCUUCCAGAGUCCAGAGGGACAUCCACCUGCAGCCUCAAAUGGAGAUGCGCUGAAGAAGCAGGAGAAAAAGAAAAGCAAUACCAUGGGACACAUAAAAGUGUUUGAAGAGUGGCUGAAGGGGCACUACCCCUCCGAGACACGCGAGAUCCACAGGCUGCCUCCCGCAGACCUCGACCAGUACCUGGUGUCCUUCUUCAGCUGUACCAAAAAACAGAAUGGCAAGGAGUUUUCUGCCAGUUCCUUAAACAUCUUCAGGUACAGCAUCAACAGGUACCUCCAGGAGCACCACUACCAGUACAGCAUAUUGAGAGGGCCAGAGUUCAAGGCCUCUCAGGAAGCCUAUAAAUUAAAAUAUCGGCACUUGUUUCAAACCAAGGAGUUACAGUGCAAUGCUGUGGAGAGCCUGACAAGUGAAGAUGUGGAAAAUCUUCUUAAGAAGGGAAUUUUAAGCAAGACAAACCCUCAGGGCUUGUUGUACCUCAUGUUCACCAACCUCAUUAGGGGGUUUGGGGCAAAGACCCACUACCAGGCCCACCAGCUGUGUUGGGGACAGGUGGUGCUGAGGAAGAGCAGAGGGGUGGAGUACUUGGAGUGGAAGGAUGAUCUGAGCCCCGAGGGAAAUGAAGGGGAGCCAAACCCACUGCUCUUUGCCAAGCCUGAGGAUCCAGAGAACUGCCCGGUCUCCAGUUACAAGGAGUAUGCCAGGAGGAGGCCAGCAGACAUGCUGGAUGACACCCACCCUCUUUACCUGUCUCCCGUGCCACUGUACUCUGUCUGGGACAAAGUGUGGUACAUCAGAAAGCCACUGUCAAAAGCCAAAAUUAAUAAUAUCUUGAAAGUUAUUAUGCAGGAAGUCAGAGGAGCAGUAAAGAAGACCAGGAAAUAGGGCACUGGUGGCAUCACCAUGACACCAGACUGA